AAAAAUUUCAACUCAGCAUAAAACACUACUCUGAAACUAAAAUUUAGUCAAAAUUCGUGAAAUUAUUUAGCAUUAACCCUUUAAAAGCAGCAGUAUUCGCAUAUUCUUCUUCUUCUUCUUUUUUUAAAUAUAACAACAUAUUCCGGAAAACAAAAGAGAAAAAUCAAUAUGGUUAUUUUCUGUUGCAUAUCGCCAACUUACCAUCUCAAAAAAAAAAAAAAAAAAAAAAACACACACACACACACACACAUAAGUUUUACCAUUUAGCUGGGUUCAUUGCAAAAAUCAAUCUUGGAGGUUGGAUCACACUUGCAAGAAAACCCAGUUAGUCUUAUUAGCGAUUCCAAUGCCGAUUAUUGCCAACUAUUUUUAUCAAACGGCCGGAAACAUGUCCGAGCUCCGGCAGAUACAGGUCAAAGUUCUCUAUUUUCAGUCAAGCUUUCCCAAUUGCCUCGAAAAUGGAUACAGAUUGGACAUUUGACAGCUGCUCCUUGAGGACGGAGGUGGAUGAUGCUGCAUCAAAGGAUGCAUGCACAAGUUCGAAUUGGACAAGGGAGGAGGACAAGGCGUUCGAGAAUGCUCUGGCAACCUACUAUAAUGAUGCCGAUAUGUGGGAUAAGAUCGCAUUGGCAGUUCCUGGAAAAACAAUUGAAGAUCUAAAACUUCACUAUGAAGUCUUGCGUCGUGAUGUGGAGGCCAUUGAGUCUGGCAAGGUACCUUUGCCUGAUAAUCCGACUAAAGCUAGUACUCUGAAAGAAAAGAAAAAGUCAGAGCAAGCGCAACGAGGGGAUCCUUGGACAGAAGAGGAACACAGGCAAUUUCUUUAUGGGUUGCAGAGGUUCGGUAGGGGUGAUUGGAAGAACAUUUCAAGAUAUAGUGUGUGAACUAAAUCUAACAGCCAAGUAGCAAGCCACGCUCAGAAGUACCUCAAAAGGUUGAGUUCGGCUAAAGAGGGUAAAAGGCUCAGUAUCAAUGAUAUAACAACUGUGAAUCCUGAGAAACUGUUAGCCUUUGAGAAAGCAACGACGAGCUGCAUGCCCAGAUGCUGCAAGGAAGAGGCUACUGAUGCUGAAACCGGGAAACCUUUUCCUGGAAACCUCGAGAAAGCUACAGCGCAUGCUGGAAACCAACUGCUGCCCUGAUGCACCACGGAAGCUUCAUUUAACGGUGAAAACCAACUGCUUCCUGAAUACUCAAAUGAAGCUCCGGGCAGUGCCUCUGGGAAGCGCAGACGCCCUAAGAAAGCUUCGGGUACUGAUGAAAACAAGUUGCUGUGUGGCCGAGGUAUCCCAAGAAAGCUCUAACAUGUAACGAGAGCCAACUGCUGCCUGGGUACCCCAAGGAAGCUUCAAGUAGUGCCCGGAACCAACUGCUGCCUGGAUUCCCCGAGAAAGCUCCAACUAACACGGGGAACCAACUGCUGCUACUGCUGCCUGGGUGGUACCCCAAUGAAGCUCCAAAGGAUAUCGGGUACCAACUGCUGCAUGGUUACACCAAGAAAGCUCGAACGGAUAUGUGUAACCAGCCGCAGCCUGAAUACCCUAAUCAGCCUCCAACUGAUACCGGGAGGCCACUGCUGCCUCCUUUACUUUUCGGUGGCGUGUCUGACGACUCCUCGUUUCCUGGCAAGGCGAUUGGAACUGGCACUGGGAGCCGGCCCAUGGAAGCCACAACUAGUUUGGGGAACCAAUUGUUGCUUGGAUACCCCGUGGAAGCUUUGGUUGUUGUCGGAAAGCUACCUCAGGCGGACACCCCGAGGGCGCUGCCGGGAGCCAACUGCCGCCUUUGAGUGGCUCUUUGUUUUCCGGCCAUGCGAUUGGAGGUCCCAGCUUUUCAGCAGCAAUGCCUCCGGUAUAAGACGUGUCUAGUCCUCCAUUUGCUAUGGAGCCGGGGGGCCCGGCUAGUUCGGUCGAGAUGCCGGGCCACCCGGCUCCUUUGGAUGGGACGGCAGGGCUUUAUAGAGCGGAUGCAGUAAUGCAGGAUGCUGACGUGGCUUUUGAUGAGCAAUUUUGAUAUUGGUUAGCACCGAAAUUAUGGAUCUGGAUUUUUCUUUGUUUCCUCAUUUUCUUGAUUGAAACAGCUAUGAUAAUAUAAAGUUUACUUUUCUGGUGAA